UAAAAUAGUCUCUUUCCAUCUAUUCUCCAAACCCAGCUACACACUGAUGUUUGUCUUUGUAUUUUCUGCAAGAUGAAGGUUGGCAUAGCUGCUCUAGUUGCUGGUAUCAUUGGUGGAAUCGGAGUUCUCUUGUUCCUUAUUGCCUUUGGGACAGAUUACUGGUUGUUGGCAACUGAGGAUUGUAAGAUUCCAUCUCCCAUUGAGAAUGUGACAGAAUCCGAAGACCAAUUUCUCACAUUUCACCAUGAGGGCUUUUUUUGGAGAUGCUGGUUCUAUGGGCAUGAUUUUCAAGAGACAAUAUGGAAUUUCUGGUUUACCAGCCAAGCACAUCCCAAGCACUGCAUCCAUGGUUACCUUUUCCCAAUGCCAAUUGCUCCGGGGCCAGUUCCUCAUCCUUCAUAUGAUGCAACAGCAGUGUACAGAGGCUUCUGGACGGCGUUUAUUGUGCUAGCAGUUGCUGCCAGUAUUGUGGGAGGAAUGCUGCUGGUGUGUGCUGUUCCCUGUGGAGCGGCUCGUCUCUAUAAAGUGGGAGGAGGAUUCCUUCUGACUGCAGGAGGACUGCUUGCCCUGCUCAUUGUCCUUUUUGUAUUGUGGAAGGAAUUUGCAGCAGAUCUUCAGAAAUACAUUCUCUUAGAAAGGAGUCACAAAUGUUUGCCUGAUACUCACCUCUAUGUCUACUAUGGAUGGUCAUUCAUGUUUGCAGCAGCUGGGACACCCUUAGUCUUGCUCUCUGGUCUUCUAUUCCUCUGCAUUGGCCGCAGCAUACUCUUAGCAGAGAAAUAAGCAGCACAUGACAAAGCUUUAAAGAAGAUUUCUUGAUGUUCAGCCGGGCACAAAGCAUUUCGGGGGAAGAGAUGUUUUAUGCCUAUAUUCAUAAACAACCAGCUGUGAGAAGCUGAUUAAGAGUUAGUGACAGACAAUACAAAGUAAAUCCUGCAAGUAACUUUCAUCAUAUCAAACUGUAAUAAAUAUCAUUCACUCUGAGCUGCAGACGCAGAGCAACUCCAGUCCUUUUUUCACUGAUUGUGUAUUAUACAUAUUGCUAGAGAUUCUGUUUGUCAUACCUGUCAAAACAUUUGUUGUACUGUAUAAAAUGCCAAGAAAAUAUAACAAAAUGACUGAUAUUAUAGGUUUGAAGUAUGCCUUGCCAUUUUUCACAUUAGUAAGAGACCCUGUAAAAAAGAAAAGAAAGAUAUGAUGGAAUUUAGUCUGACUGAACUUCAUUAGCACCACAAUGCUAUGGUAAUGUCAUGCUAUAGAGCAGAUUUUCAUCCACAGGAGAAAGCAAGAGCUUAUAUUGUACUUUAUGUCAACAUGGGCAGACUGCUUGCAACUGAUUUGUAAAGAAAUGCCUGUUUAAUUGAUACAGGAAAGUGUAUACAGUAAAAUAUGAAAUAUGAUUUAUGGUUUCACAUAAAAAGGACUAUAAAUAGUUUGUAUGAAGGAGAGCAUUGUAUAAUGGUGCAAGUGUAUUCUUAUCAGACAAAAUGAAUAAAUACAUCUAUUUUUUAA